AUGACCAGCAAGCGACACAAGCCCUAUACCCACGUGACUGUACUUCUACACGUGACCCGCCCACAAUCGCUCGCUAAAGCCGCCGAACUAAAAAAAUCCACAAUACAGAUCCCUUCGACGACAACCUCAUCCGUCGACAAACACCCGCGCUACCGUCUUGACCGCGCCGCCUCCGUCAAGAUGAAGCUCAACAUCUCCUUCCCGGCCAAUGGGUCGCAGAAAAUCAUCGAGAUCGACGAUGAGCGCAAGCUCCGUCCCUUCAUGGAGAAGCGCAUGGGCACCGAAGUUGCCGGCGAUGCUCUCGGCGAUGAGUUCAAGGGUUACCUCUUCAAGAUUACCGGUGGUAACGACAAGCAGGGUUUCCCUAUGAAGCAGGGUGUUCUCCUUCCCACCCGUACCCGUCUGCUCCUCGCCGACGGCCACAGCUGCUACCGCCCCCGCCGUACCGGUGAGCGCAAGCGCAAGUCCGUCCGUGGUGCCAUCACCGGUCAGGACCUUGCCGUCCUUGCUCUCUCCAUCGUCAAGCAGGGCGAGGGCGAGCUCCCCGGCCUGACCGACACCGUUGUCCCCAAGCGUCUCGGCCCCAAGCGUGCCACCAAGAUCCGUCGCUUCUUCGGUCUCGACAAGAAGGACGACGUCCGCAAGUUCGUCAUCCGCCGUACCGUCACCAAGGAGGGCAAGCAGGACUACACCAAGGCCCCCAAGAUCCAGCGUCUGGUUACUCCCCAGCGUCUCCAGCGCAAGCGCCAACGCGUUGCCAUCAAGCGCCGCCGCGCUGAGGCUGCCCGCGAUGCUGCCAACGACUACGCCAAGCUCCUUGCCGGCCGUGUCCACGAGGAGAAGGCCAAGCGUGACGAGCUCCGCAAGCGGAGGGCUUCCUCCAUGCGGAAGUAAACUUCCACACCCGCGGUUUUAUGAUUUCGUUCUGCGGCGAUGGGGUUUAAUGGAGGAGCUUCACGUCUCUGGGAUGAUAUGAGGGAGAUUCACAAAAAACGAAGUCACUCUCAGGGGCGCGAAGGUGACAUGUCUGAUAAAAAGAAAAGGGACACAAAAGAGACGGGGAACAGGUUUCAAAACGUACAAAGCAGGCGAAUGAUUGAUACUCCCUUGUGUUUGGCUACGGUGAUUUCGGGCCUCGGGAGUGGCGAUGCAAUAUCUGUGUUGAACCUACCUUUUUUGACAACCCUUUUUCUUUGAAUGGAGUGCAUGCAAAUUUCAAUAUCUGUUCUGUC